AUGUAUGCCAUUCAGCAAUACGAUGCGUUUGGUAAAAUUCCAUCUCCUGGGUUUUUCGAAAUUGAGUUAAUUUUCGAUGGUAAUUACCAAGAAUGUCGACGAAUAAGUGGUGUUAAGUAUGACACUAAUUACUGUUAUGUGGUUUUGAUUCCAGGACGGAAUGCAGAUUGCUCGGGCGGAAAUAUCAACAAUAUCGGAAAUCAGGUAGCAUUCAGAAGAGCUGUCUGUAUGCCAAAGUCUUGUGGAAGCGGGGAUACUGUAAAUCUUUACAAUCAGUUGAGUGGGCUCCCAUUGACUGCAUGUGCCACAUUCUGUUCUGAGAGAGACGUUCCCAAAGAUUCAUCAUUUUGGGGAUUUUCAAUAUUCAUGACUGUAAUUAUCAGUAUUGCUAUCCUUGCUACUAGCGUGGAUUAUCUUCGAGAGUCUAUUCCAUUUUCCGUAUCCUCUACGCAUGUUCUUUCUGGACCAACGCAUCUACUAUCCUCAACGUGUCUCCUCAACCAGACUCUUAUAUCAAAUGCCUCGACUGUAUUAGAGGAUUGUCCAUGGCAUGGGUACUUUCUGCUCAUGUACUUAAUUAUUUUUUGUUUUCUGGUAAUUUCUUUUCAAAUUUCUUUGAAACAAGGAAUUAUUUCAGACACUCUCAUGCCAAUAAAAUCCUUCGCCAGCUACUUUGCCGAUUCUUUCUUUAUAAACGCCAAUUUCUCAGUGGACACUUUCUUUUUAGUAUCUGGAAUUACUGUUGCCUAUUCCUUUUUUAGGAUGAAACCCACCUCCAAAAUCUUAAGAUCUCCUUCCACGUGGAUUCUCUUUUACGUUCAUCGAUUCAUUCGUUUGACUCCUCCAUAUAUGAUCUUCAUCGGCUUCUAUACAGUAUACUCUCUUUAUAUACAAGGACCAUUAGCUGCUUCUUUGUUCAAUUUCACUGUUCUCCAAGUGGAGGCUUGUAAAGCAUCAUGGUGGCGGAACUUGAUUUAUAUUAAUAAUUUUGACGAUGGAGAGAAUCCGUGUUAUGGUCCAAGUUGGUACCUUGCCGUGGAUACCCAAUUAUACUUAAUAGCGCCUAUCCUACUGAUUGGUCUGUCUUGGAAGCCAAUUUUCGGAAUAGUUCUUUCUAUAAUCGGAUGCGCCGGAAGUAUUCUGACUGUGUAUAUUCUGUACCUAAAAUUUGAUCUACCAGCUGACUCAUUCCAUUCAGACGCUUCCGGCAAGUUCAACUUCUACAUCUAUCAAAAACCAUGGAUUCGAUGCCCACCAUACCUCAUUGGAAUUCUUGUUGGAUAUUAUCUAGCUAAAAAUCCGGGAACAUCAAAACUUCAACUCUAUAGAAAAGUGUUCUUUAUGGGGAUCUCUUUUGUGCUUCCCUUUUGUUUUUUGAUAGCAAAUAAGGGAUAUGAUGAGGGAAAACAUCAGUCAUAUGUAAAAGCUUCCUAUUACAAUUUUUCUCGAUUCUUCUGGGCAACAUCUGUUGGAUACAUCAUCGUGGCAUGCCAUCGUGGAUGGGCAGGUCCCAUCGGAAACUUCAUGAACCAUCCCAUCUGGCAGCCACUUGGUCGGUUAUCCUACUCUGCAUAUAUUGUCCACCUUAUGAUAGUUUACUACUUUUUGAAUGUCGGUGCUAAACCACUUCAUUUUGUAUCCACGUGGCAAGUCUAUGUCUAUUACAUCUUGCCGGCCACAAUUCUAACUUUCACUUUUGCUUUCUUCUGGAGCUGUCUGUUUGAAUUACCGAUAAUGAAACUGGAAAAAUAUCUACUGGAAGUUCUGAGGAUAAAGAAAAUCCGUUCGGAACCAGCACCUGCUGAAGUGCCCGCAUGGAAAGAGCACCAUAUUCAUAUUUGA